CAGUCUGGUUCCCCUCCUCGCCCCAAGCAUUUCGCGAGAGGGGCCUGGCUCCCCUACUCGCCACAAGCAUUUGCGUUAACACCACUUGUCACGAUCAAUCCUCUUCCCGUGGAUGGCGGAAGUCGAAACCCCCACGGGAGAUGCGAGCGACGCGCUAUGCAACUACGGAUUUUUCGGGAUACAGGAUGCAAGUGUAGGUGAUCGGGUACAAGAGAAACAAAGCAAAGGUUUUCCUUGUUUAUCUGAAGAGGGGUUGGAAUUUCUCUAUCUCAACUUUCUAAGUGACCAGGGCCCGAUCAAGACUUUUCUACCCAAGUGCGCCGUAGGACGGUACCGAGAAUUCCGGAGCGACCGAGAUCAUAUCUUUCAAUUCAGGAAAGGAGGCGAGUCGAAAGCGAAAGUCUUCGUGAGUCUACUUUGGAAGCCUGGAUCCGAGGUGGUGUUUUACGGCCGUUCACACCUACAUACACUUGCCUCGGUCAUCGCAUCAAAUGGUUUAUUUGAGGUACCGCUCGCUGCGCUCGAAGCGGCGGGUUGUAGUGAGGGAACACUGCUUCGUUUCGAAAACGGCGGCAUGUGAGUUAGGCUAUUCGUAUACCAGAGCUAUCUGACCAGGAAUAUAGAACAGUUCACGAUUCACGAACGUGUGUCGAAUUCAGAAACUCCUCACCUAUCGCUGCCGUCUUUGGCGCACAGGAAAUACUUGCCAAAUGGGGCAGAAUGAGUCUUGCUCCGGAUUUGGCGCAGAAAGUGUCGAGCAUAUCAGACAAAGACGUUUGGCUACAUGUAAUCUUUGCAUAGAUAGCGGACUGCCGUCAAUAGCAGCCCGUGCGGCCUAGAGCUAUGAAGCCCAUUCUAUCUCUGAAUUGUCAAGACCCUC